AUGAACCAGUGGAUCUCGUUUUUGGUCAUUCAACUGAUUGUAUUAUUACAAAUUACAGCUAGCUUCAAUUUGACUACAGCACCGUGUACAAACCAUGUGGAGGAUUUUUGUGAACAUAUCAAUGUUUCAGCUAUGGGACCCAGCGUGAUGAGAAGUUGCACAGAAAAAUGGUUGGAAAUUUGUUAUGAAUCCACCGAAAUUUUAUCAAAACACGAAGGGUUACACAACACAUGCAAUGAAGCGUACCAAAAACGUUGCGGGGAAUACAGUAAGAAAUACGUGGGCAAAACUAAUUGCACGAAGUACCCUGAUGGCAAAUGCCAAAACAACGAUAACGAAACUGGGAAGGUUCCUCAAACGAAAAUACACAGUUUGGGAAAACAAAACAAAUCGAAAAGAAAUUCUAACAAAAGACCAAAAAUAGAUCCAGAAACCGGCUCACCACAGAAUUAUCCCGGUUCGGAGUUGGAUCUGGCAAUGCACUAUCUGAUUUGA